AACUUUUUGGGUGGCACAUAAGAUCAAUUGUCCAUAUUUUCCUACUUCUACUAAUAUAAUACGAUUUGUGUUACUUUUUACACAAAAUGCAUAGGCAAUUCCAACACUAAGGAAAUGGCAAAGUGUAAUUAAGUAGUAAACCUUAAGUCUCAAAGCUUUAGAUAAAUAUGAGUGUGUAAGGUCAGACAGAUAUAAGCAUAAUAAUGAAUAUUCGUGCAUUUUUGAGUGUCCGCCCUACAGCACUAUUGUUUUUAGACCAGUCCACAGUCCCCACACGAAACAAUUCGUUUUGCUAUGCUUGUAACUACAUCACGAAAAUAAACUUCGCAAGAAUAUUGACCCUCGGCGGUGCCCGUAUGACGCGUAUUUCGUGCGCCUAUACGAUUUGUCAUUUUCCGGGAUUUCAACGAGUGACCUCCAGCUAGUGCGACCCCUAUUUCCGGGGAUGCGCAUGUUGUAUCCAGUCCUGCAAUAUUCCUAUACCUGCAUCUGAUCGCUCUUGUGCUUUUCCAUCACACGAUGUUCCGUCUGGAAACCCUUGGGUCGAAGUGUGAUCCAGAGGAGCUGAGGAAAAAGAUGCGGCAAGACGUGCUGACCUCAGUUCGAAAUUUUCUUAUAUACAUAGCAGUUCUGAGAAUCACUCCAUUUGUCUUGAAGAAACUGGACAGUAUAUGAAACAAUGAACUGAAGAGCUCCACAAAUGAAGCUUAUUGAAGAGUGGGACCUGCCUGGACAACAACAAAUUAUGGAUAGUGUUUUACAAAAAGUGAACUUAAUAUAUUUUUCACAUCCAUUAGACUGAGGUUUUUCCAGCUUUUGUUUUGCCUGUGACUGUUUGAGAACUGACCAUUCUUUUUAUGUAGAAUGUUACUGGCUUUUGUCAAAAAAGAAACUUAAAAGUGUACAUGGGCUGUUAUGUAAGAUGAACUAAGUAGUAAAGUUUUUUUUUCACAGA